AUGACUGAGCCACAAUCCACCGAUGGCCUGGUCAAAUGUGACAUGCCCAACUACAAUGAGAUCUUUGACUUCCCGGACUACAAUGCCCUGGAAAAGGAUGGAACAGGAAGCACUCGUACAACGUACAAGGAUGCAAACCUGUUCGCGAACUAUGAGUCGGCAACAAUUACAAUGCUGACAACGUUGGGUGGAGAUUGGCUUGUUCAACUACAAGCCAUGGAUGACUCCCACAAGGUUUUCUUUCCACUCACACUGAAGGAAUACAAUGCCAUGCGAGGCAACAAUGAGUAUCCUACAAUGCUGGACGGCAGCCUUCGAACAAAGGCAGGCUGGCAACACUUGGCAGGGUUCCCAACAGCUCAGGACGCAAUGAACGCAAUGGCCUGGCACUAUUCUGAAGGACAUGUGAAGGUGGACAAGGACAACACAAUUGUCCUAACUGUGGUGAGCAUCGAUCACCACAAUUGGGGGUCACACUUGGCUCUCAAAAAUGUGAACUGCUACAAUCGCGGGCGCAUUUCUCCGGCAAUGUCCCUACUAUUGCAGGGUGUGGAGCAGGCAGGUGUGAGAGGCAUAACAAUCAUGCCAAAGAAUGUGAAGACAAUUCUCUAUGACUGCUUGGCGGAGGCAAAUGUCUCCACACCACAAUCGACUCUACAAGGAGAAUCUCAGGUGGGACACCCAAUGCAUGCCGCAUGGGUGGUACAAUUCAAUGAGGAGAUCUACAACAGGCAGGUGGUUACCCACAAUAUGGUGGACACAGACGAGGAAGAUGCAGAAGUGGACAAUUCAGACUGAGAGAGUCUGAACAAAGUUCCAACGGCAGCAAGUUGACAAA